GCGGCGCUUCGGGAUCUGUCCGGGCGGACGCGCCCGGAGCGGGAGAACAUUGAGGAGCUAUGGGAAGCGUGCUGUGGCUGUACUUCAGACCAGAUGAACACUGUGUGAAGAUUAGAGAAUUAUUUUCUAAUGGGAAAGAGGAAAUUGUCACUGGCUUCCACUCCGCUUGUCAGCCUCAGCCCUGUGGUGGCUUUUUCACUGACGCAAAGCUAAAACAGAGCUAUGAAAUGAGGCCUGAACACGCUCAUCCAUUUUCUGGGCUGUGCAACCCUACAGGUGACUGCAUGAAACCUGGGGGCUGGCCCAGUGCAGGUCAGCUUCGGAGGUAAUUGUUGCUGGUUACAAGGACGGUUUCAGACGCACACAAAACCAGAUAUGCCUUUGUGGUCUCAGUGGUGGUAUAAGCCAUGAAGUUGUGUUGCAGAUGUGGUGGGUGUUCAGUUUUGCUUUCAUUUUGAACGUGGCAUAUUGAGCCCGUUUAUCAGCAUAGAGAAACCUAGGUUGGAAGGGACCCCUGGUGGUGAUCUGGUCCAAUCUCCUACUCAAAGCAUGUUCAACUAGAUCAGGUCUGCGAUUGCUGAGGUGCAAGAUGUCUGCCCCGAGGCUGAUCUCUAACAGAACCUCCCAGCAAGCCUUGUCUAACUCUGACUACACCUGGGACUACGAGUACUAUGAGUACGGACCAGUGUCGUUUGAAGGCCUGAAGGCUCAUAAGUAUUCCAUUGUGAUUGGAUUUUGGGUUGGUCUUGCAGUUUUUGUCAUCUUCAUGUUUUUUGUCCUGACCCUGCUGACGAAGACAGGAGCACCACAUCAAGACAAUGCAGAACUGUCUGAAAAAAGAUUCCGCAUGAACAGCUUUGUGGCAGAUUUUGGAAGACCUCUGGAAUCUGAGAGGGUCUUUUCUCACCAAAUGGCUGAAGAAUCCCAGUCACUUUUCCAUUUCUGCAUUAAUGAAGUGGACCAUAUGAACAAAGAAAAAGAGAGUCAGAAAGGUCCAAGUCAGGAGAGUAAUACCCACUUCCAGGAGGCUCCCAAAAGCAGUGGAAUGUUUGAAGAAGACUUACAUUGUCUUACAAAAUUUAACAUUCCUAACUUUGUGAACACUGAGCAGAAUUCUUCAUUAGGUGAGGAUGAUCUCCUCAUCUCAGAGCCACCAAUCAUUUUAGAAAACAAACUGGUUAUGCAAUCUUCCCAUCGGAUCCUUGAUUGAAAAAAUCUUUUACUUUAAGGAGAAAAUUCCCGUUAUUGUCCAGUUUGAAGCCUUUCUUGGCCUCCUGCUCAUUUGACAGAAGGUAUUUCUGACCUGUGCUUUUUAUUGUAUGUAAGACUGGCUGUACUGAUAGAACUCAGUUCAGACAAGAAGACACUGAAUGCUUUAUUCUGAUGCCUUCUGUGGUCUAAAACUUCUGUCGAGUACUAUUUUUGCUUUUUGAUUUUUUUGUUUGUUUGUUUCUUGUAUUGAUCUUCAUUUUUAAACGACUUCUUAUGACCAGCUUCUGAAGGACAGUAAUUUACAAGUAUUGUGAAGACUGGAGCCUGGCACUGGGAGGUCUGUGAAAACUCACUGGCCAAAAAAAGUGUAUAUCUCAAAGAAUAUGGAAGAAAGAAAUAAUCAGGCUCUGGGAAGGUUCUGUAGUUUCUGCUACUCUCAAUAAAGAUGCCUGAAGCUGAGCAGCACAAUAAAUAUCUGCUUGGGACUAACUUCAGUUUCUGAUCUCUAACUGCUCUGUGGUGCAGGUUAAAUCCAAUUCACAAGGCUUCCAGAGGGAAUACUUUGCAAAUUAAAUUGUUUGGUUACAGUGUUUACAAAAUGCUAUCACCACCUGCUGCUGAGUAAAAGCAAAUUGGUGCCUGUAAUUAUACUUCAGAAUGACACCUCAGCAGCUGCCCCGUGAUGACAUGGAAUUAGUAUUCUACACACAAACACAAACUGUGAUUUGACUCUCUCUUUAAUUUUUUUUUUCCUGUCAAUUGCUGAUGUGAAUUUCCAUUCAGUAAUUACAGGAUUCAGUAGCUAAAUCACAGGAAAUAAGAAAACACCUUUUUCUUUUGCCAGUAAAGUUACUACAUGCAAUUGGUGGUGGUAUGUUAAGCUGGUGUUAUCUGUUGCUAACAGGCUGAAUCUUCCUAUGCUUUUUGUCUUUAUAAAAGGUCAUUUUACUCAUUGGCCAGUGAAGUGCUAGCAGGCUUUGAGCUGAGAGGACAAACUCCGAAAGUAUAGCUAAGCUGUGCUUGCUCCAUCUUUUUUUUUGUACUCAUUUGAGAUAGGGCUGCAACCCCAGCUGUUCUCCCAGUGAAAGAUUCAGUAAGGAUUUGAAUAGGUAUCAUUUCAAUCUUUAGUUUUGAGAGAUGGAAUUAAAUUCUGAACCUUUGAGAGUACUCAAAAUUGUGUUUCAGCUUUCUUCAAAAGACGGCAACUAGUGACUGAAUGGUUUUAGAUCACACAUAUAAGAUGCACAAGUACCAGGUUCAAACCCUUUGCUGGAUUUCAAGUAUGCUCUGUAGGAAGUUCUUAACUGAGAUGAAAAGAGUGGAUUCCAGACACUGUGCUUACCUGGAUUUUCUUCAAAUUAAUGUGCUUUGUACCCAACACAUCUGUGUUUAAGG